AUGAAGGGACCCAGGAAGAGGCCCAGGAAACCCAGGAAACCCAGGAAGAGACCCAAGAAGAGGCCCAGGAAGAGGCCCAGGAAGAGGCCCAGGAAGAGGCCCAGGAAGAGGCCCAGGAAGAGACCCAGGAAGAGGCCCAGGAAGAGGCCCAGGAAGAGGCCCAGGAAGAGGGCCAGGAAGAGACCCAGGAAGAGGCCCAGGAAGAGGCCCAGGAAGAGGCCCAGGAAGAGGGCCAGGAAGAGGCCCAGGAAGAGGGCCAGGAAGAGGCCCAGGAAGAGGCCCAGGAAGAGGGCCAGGAAGAGGGCCAGGAAGAGGCCCAGGAAGGCCCAGGAAGAGGGCCAGGAAGAGGCCCAGGAAGAGGCCCAGGAAGAGGCCCAGGAAGCAUGUUGGUAG